CAAAGGCCCAACACAACCCAAUCCGGAACCCCAACCCCACCCCCACCACCAAGGGUCCAAAGCCAUGCGUGCCGCCAUGGCGGCGGCGGUCCUCCGACCCACGGCCGCCACCCUCCGCUUCCUCUCCACCCCACCACACCAGCGCCGCCGCGUCUUGGUCGGACACCUCCCCUUUGCUCGCCGACGCCGCCACUCCUCCACCGCUACGGCCCCAGCGCUGGAGGACUCCAGCCCCCGCAGUGGCGAAGGCAAGGCCGUGCGCCGCCGCCGCGCCCGUGAAUCUCCCCAGGGCCUCCUCCGCCACCAGCUCGACAUGUGCUCCCGCAACGCCGACCUCACCACCGCGCUCCGCCUCUACGACGACGCCCUCUCCCCGGACAACCCCAUCCCGCUCUCCCUCCACCACUACAACUGCCUGCUCUACCUCUGCUCCAACGCCGCCGCUACCGACUCUGACAGCCAUAUCUCCGCCACCGCCGCUCAGCGCGGCUUCGACAUCUUCGCCAGGAUGGAGGCCGACGGCGUCCAGCCCAACGAGGCCACCCUCACCAGCGUCGCGCGCCUCGCCGCCGCCACCCGCGACCCUGCCAUGGCCUUCUCCGUCGUCCGCCGCAUGGCCGCUGCGGGCACCCCGCCGCGCCUCCGCACCUACGGCCCCGCCCUCUUCGCCUACUGCGAUGCCAAAGAUGCCGACGGCGCCAAGCAGGUCGAGGCUCACAUGGACGCAUCUGGCGUCGUGCCCGAGGAGCCCGAGCUCGCAGCGUUGCUCCGCGUCAACGCGGACACGGGCAAGGCCGAUGAGGUUUACAGGCUCCUGCACAGGACGCGCGUCCUCGUCAGGCAGGUCUGCGACACCACUGCCCAGGUCGUCGAGGCCUGGUUCCGGUCGGACGCAGCGUCCCAGGCGGGGGUGGACAGCUGGGAUCCCACCAAGGUAAAGGAGGGCGUCGUCAAGGGCGGCGGCGGCUGGCAUGGCCAGGGAUGGCUUGGCAAGGGCGCAUGGAGCGUUGGCUGGACCGAGAUGGGCAAGGAUGGGACAUGCCAACGCUGUGGGGAGAGGCUUGUCUGCAUUGACAUUGAUCCAGCCGAGACUGACAACUUUGCAAAUUCGCUCACCGAACUGGCCAUUAAGCUUGAGGCCAGGGAAGAUUUCCUCAGUUUUCAGAGCUGGCUACGCCGCCAUGGACCAUUCGAUGCUGUUAUAGACGCUGCUAAUGUAGGCCUUUACAAAAGUAAAGAUUUCUGUUUUUCACAGGUUAACUCUGUUGUAAAUGCUAUACAGAGAGUAACUAAAUCAAAGAAGUUGCCACUGAUCGUUUUGCAUAGGAGCCGUGUAAAUGUUGGUCCUGCAAAAGCCCCAUACAACCAGAAGAUUCUGGACAGUUGGAGGAAUGCUGGAGCUCUGUAUGCAACCCCUCCUGGCUCCAAUGACGAUUGGUAUUGGCUGUAUGCAGCUGUCAGUUGCCGAUCGUUGCUUGUUACAAAUGAUGAGAUGCGAGACCACUUGUUCCAACUGCUUGGCACUAGUUUUUUCCCUAGGUGGAAAGAAAAACAUCAGGUCAGACUAACUUUCUCCGGGCAUGGCCCUACCCUUCACUUGCCGCCUCCUUAUUCAAUUGUUAUUCAGGAAUCUGAAGAUGGAAGCUGGCAUGUACCAACAACAACAGGCGAUGAUAUUGAAAAGCCACGGCAGUGGUUGUGCACUACUAGAAAAUCUUUGAGGUAGAUGUGAUUUAAUUUUGGCCCAGUCAAGUUGACACAGAAUGGUGCCAAGUUGCCAACCUUGGUGGGAACUGGGAAGGGUGGUGGCGUGACAAACCCUGAAACCAGCAAAGCUUAAAUGCAGCAACUUGUUGGCCCGAACGAAAGAAAGCUGAUUGGAGUACAAGUGAUGAAUAUGAGCAGGCCAUGGAUAUGGAAAGCCUUUUGUUGUAACAUCGUGAGCUGUUUAUUGCUAGCCCAGGUUAUUCUAGAGUAGUUUGAGAACCGUGGUAAGGUAAUUUGCUUCAUGUGAGUUUUACUUUUAUUAAAUGACGUGCCAUGCCAGUGAUUUGAAGGAUGUGGCAGGCAAGUAAUCAAAGAAAGAGAUGAAUGUUAUCU